AUGGAUUCCUACAAGAGCAGGCUACCUGAAUACUGGAAGCGGCGCGGCUACCACCGCGUCGGCCGCGAACAGGAUCCCAGCCGGAGGCGCAGGUUCUGGAGGAUCAAGAUCCCAUCGCGCCUCGUCUUCCUGCGCCUUCGUAAGGCGGCUUCUCCCCGGAGGUUCCUCAAGCGGAUCCGCGACGGCUACGUGCGGUUUAUGCUAGGGCUCUCCGACACGGUCCCCGUCGGCAUCGGGUACGGCUUCGGAGGUUACGGAUUCGGCCGGGACGAUCACGAAAUGAGGUUCGCGGCGCAGAAGGCGAAGGAGUACGACGAGAAGGUGCUCAUCGAGAUAUACAAAUCGCUAGUCGCAGCCUCAGUACCCACCGCCGCCGCCGCCGCCGUCGCGGUGCGGCGAUAG